CGUCAAUUGUGUCAGAAUGCACAAGUGUCAAUGGGGAAUACUUUGUGUAUGUUAACAUUAGCACGCGGUUUUCAAGUCAAACACAUGAAAUAGACAAAGAUAUCGCAUUUUUAGCUGUUAACAACGAAAUUUGCAUACAAAAUGGCAAAUAAGAUAUCGUUUAGGAACAAAGGUGAUGUCGGCGAUCAUUACGAGCCAUCCGAUUCGGAGAACGAAUAUACCGAACGUGAAAAGCAAUUGCUACAGAAGGUGCGGAAGGGCAGACAGCGAAAAACCGAUCCAAAACAAGAAAUUUUGGCUUUUGAUCAACGUGAUGACAGUGAUGAGGAGAAAGAUUACGAUAACGACGAUGAUUUUGAUGAGAAAUUCGAUGCCGAAAGUGAUAUGGAAGAUGGUGAUGACGACGAUGGAAUCCCAGAUUCGCGUGCAUGGGGUAACAAACGUGCCGGUUUCCAUUCAACAGACUUCGUCGAUCAAGACUAUUCUAGUUACAAUCAGCGCGAACAAGAAUUGGCCGAACAAGAAGAAACCGAAGCACUUGCCAUUCAGCAACGCCUUGCAAAACAAUUGGAAGAGUCUGACUUCACUUUGGAUGUAUUCGGUGCGGCUGAGCGAAAAGAAAAGGAUGAUAAGAAAAAGAAAUCGGACGAGAUCUUUUUGCAAAAGGAUUUGUCACAAUUAUCUCAACGACAAAGAGAACAGCUAUUCAAGAAAGAGUCACCCGAAUUCGAAGGGUUGGUACAAGAUUUUCGACAGCGAUUAACGGAAAGUGUUGAGUUAUUGCAGCCAAUUUUAGCGUAUUUCAAAGAGAAUUCCAUUGAAAGUCAUCCACUGGUCGAUUUUAUUUCCAAUCAAAAUCAAUUGAUUCUGAAUUACUGUACGAAUGUAAGCUUUUACCUGAUUUUGAAAGCCAAACGAAUUCCAAUCCAAAAUCAUCCGAUCGUCCAGCGAUUGUUUAAAAUUAGACAAUUGCUGCUGCAAAUCGAUGAAAAGUACACAACAAUUGUGAAGCCACAGUUAGAAUCACUUCAAAAGGCAAUCAAAGAUGGCGAAGAGAUUACGAUCGACGUGUCUGAUGUGCCAACUGGAAAGAAAGAGAAGAAGAAACUUCGUUUUGUACAAGAUCUUGAAAAUGGUGUAGAUUCGGAGAGUGAAAUGGAAUCAGACGAAGAUGAUGCGGUCGCUGAAAAGGAUGAAGAUACGGAAUUCAAACAAAAAUUGAAGUCGAUGGAAUCUGAUUCGGAGCAAGACGAGAACGCACAAGAGGGUGAAGAAGAAGAAGAAAUGGGUGAGGAUGAUGCACGGCGUCAAAUUACAUACCAAAUUGCCAAAAACAAAGGUCUCACACCAUAUCGUAAGAAGGAAUUGCGUAAUCCACGUGUCAAACAUCGCAACAAGUUCCGCAAGGCAAUCAUUCGUCGCAAGGGUGCCCAUCGAACUCCACGAAAAGAAAUCAGACGAUACGACGGAGAAAUAUCCGGUAUUUCGGCUCGCGUCAAAAAAGGAAUCAAAAUCAAAUAAAACCACAACACUUAGCCGUUUAUUUUACAUUGUUAAUGCAAUUUCAAUGCAUUUGGAUUAUAUUUUUAAUAAAUUUCGAAUCGAUUUAUUAAUGAG